AUGGAUAGCUGGGAUGAGCCGGGCGGCCUGGGGCAGGCCCUGGUAGAGGCCGACCACAGCGCAGAUGCGAGCCUGGCCCCGGACAAGGAGCAGUAUGAGUUUAUGUCUGCGACUGAGGCAGCAGAGGUGGCGCUGCUGCAAGGCGAGGGCGGCGACAUCCUCCUGCCUCCCGAGCGCAGCCCACUGUCGCGGACUGCCAGCAUGAGCAACCUGCUGGAGUCGUUGGGGUGUGAGGAGGACACGCGGCAGCAGCUGACCUCCUGCCAAAUGGCGGGGACUUGGUUCACCGCCACCCUGCUGCUGGGCACCCUGCUGGUCAUCGCCUUUGUGAUGCUGGCUUUCCCCUCGCCCUACCUCAACGGCGCACCUAACUGCCGCUCCGGCGCCGCUAUGGGAGUGCUGUCAGCCAACGGCAACGACAGCCGGCGCCUGGUGGUGUGGUCGGGGAGGGGCCAGUCCGGCACAGUGUUUCACGAGUGGCUGCACACUCUCAGCCUACUAGACCUGUCGUGGCAGAAGGUGAGGGAAGAAGCCGAUCCGAAUGACGACCCGAUGCCUUCGCAAAAGCAGCAGCAGCAGCAGCAGCAGCAGCAGCAGCAGCAACCAGCGGCGUCACGAGCAUUACUCCUACGGCCCAGGCCCAAACCGCCUGGCGCUCUGCCGCACGGGCGCUGGAAGGCAGCAGUGGCAUCGCUGGGCAGUCUAGGGAUGCUGGUGCAUGGCGGUGACGCCCCAGAAGCAGUGCCAACAGCGGGAGGAGAUGAGGUGUUCAUGAGCGAUGCGUGGCUGCUGGGCGCAGACCUCCGGUGGGAAAUGGGCAACUACAGCAGCAGCACAAGCAGGAAGAACAAGGAUGCAGGUGCCAUGGCCCCCAGCGCGCGCCAUUCGCACAGCAUGGUGGGCUAUCAGGAUGAGGAGCGUCGGCAAGCCAUCCUGCUCUUUGGCGGCCGAAGAGCAGAUGGCCUGCUGCUGAAUGACGUGUGGAAAGGCACGGUGACUUGGCCAAACAUUAGCUGGGCGCUGCUGAAUGACCCUCAGUCAGGCAUUGGCUCAGGGCCCUCGCCACUGCCGCGCAGCGGGCACGCGUCAGCCAUGCUCAACGGCACCACCCUGCUCAUCCAUGGCGGGCGGUCUGAGGUUUACGGCUCCUUUGCCGACCUUUGGGCGUUCUCUCUGGUGGAUCUGCGCUGGACACCGCUGACACCAGCCACCUCAGCACAACCGCCGCCGCGAGAUUUCCAUGCAGCAGCUGCGUUUCGCAACAAGCUGCUCGUGUUUGGCGGCAGGUUUGGGUCUGGAUGCAAGCUCAACGACGCGUGGGAGAUUGAUCUUGCGGUCCACCACUGGACGCAGUUGUCCAUCGCUACCUUUGCCACCAGGGAAUGCCAGCAGCUGUUUGGCUGA